AUGUUCCACAAGAACGAGCACAGUCAAGAAAAUCUGGGAGAAGUCAAGACUCGUGUUAGUAUUCCUCGGCCAGGAGGCCUAACAGAUAUUUUAAAAAUAAUCAAACGGUCAUCAGCGAUCAAGACGAUAUUUGAUCUGGAAAGACACCGGAUGAAAAGAUCGGCCUUUUACCACACAGGAGUAAAGGUCUGCCCUGAAGAAUCAAUCAAACAGAUCAUAGAAAGCCACCAAGCGUAUUACAAACUCAGAGUUUGCCAGGAAGCCGUGUGGGAAGCCUUUCGGAUAUUUCUGGACCGAAUUCCAGAGACGGCAGAGUACCAGAGCUGGGUGAAUACCUGCCAGCAAGACUCCCUGUGCAUUGCUGACAUUGCGAAGAACUUCAGCAGCUCACCAGAACACGUUGAUAUGGUUCUAAGGAGAGUUUCUUUAAGGGAAAAAAAUCUGCAAGAAAGGGAGGUGAGGAAUAUUGAAAAGCCUACAGUGACACAAGCAAAUCCAGAGCCCACGAGUGCUUCUGUGGAAGCCGUUACUGCUUCAGCUCCAGAAGUGUCAGCUGCUGCUGAUACCCUGCCUAAUGAAAUUGUGAACGACUCAGCGGUCUCAGAGGAGGACUUAGAUCUUACUAACAUGGUGCCUGAAGAGCCAAUGGAACAGGUUAUAGAGUUCAGUAUCACUCUCACCAAUCAAGCCUACAGUGAGCUGCUGAGUUACCCCAUCACCCCUCAGUACCAGGACCUUGCCAGAAGCUUCCAAGACCAGAUGAUACAUGUUUUUGACAGACUUCCUGGAUUUAAAGAAAUUCGAGUAUUAAGAUUUGGAUCUAGCAGUGUUGCAGUCCGCUAUGCUGUGGUCUUUGAAAAAGGUGAUGAAAACUUGCACAUUGAUUCUAAUAAAGUUGAAAGUGAGAAAGGGCCUUUUGGUUCCGAGUUGCAGCCGGAUCACAAGCCAACCAGGGUAUACACUGUGUCCAACCUUCAGGAUCUGGUGGCCAAGGCCCUGCGCGAUGAGAAAGCGCUUCAGAUCGAUGUCGGUUCACUUAGAUUCCAGGAAGACUAUAUGAACCAAGCAGCUUUCACUUCAACAUCAACAACUACCGAGAUAGAACCACACUUCCUAAAUGAGCUACCCGAUUCUUCGGUAGACCCAGCUGUUGAAGCAGAGCAGCCUGGCCAGCCUAUGGAAAGUGCUUCUAAUAUGAAGCAACUGGUGGAUGAACAGCUGGACCAGGAGGGCACUGUUGAACCUGUCACUGGAAUUGUAGUUACAGAGCCAGCCAGCGGUGCCAUGCCUUCUGUUACACUGAUAACAGGUGACGAAUCAGAGUUGAUUUACAUUAAUCGGUAUGAGUCAACAAACAUGCCAGUCCUUACUACAACACAAUCAGCCCCAAUCCAAAAGGAGGACCAUCCUGGAACCAUGCUGAUACAAGUAACAGACUCAGCACUGGAGAGUUCUGUACCAUCUUCAAGUGACUUGGACUCCAGUGACUAUAUGGAAGAGACUGCGUCUGAACCUAGCACACACACGCUCCUUCUCACUACCAGCCAGGACGCCCCGUCUCAAGAAACAGUAACUGCUCAUCCUUUAGUGGAUGUUGAUCACAAGGAGAUGUCGAACUUCACAAGACCUGUAACAAUCAUUUCCGCCCUAACUCAACAACCACCUACUGAAUUCAUCACAAACUUUGAGACAGAUGAAGAAGAUACAAAUGCGAUAUUGCAAGACGAAAAUAGCAACAUCCAUUCAAGCCCUGGGGGGAAAAAGGCUGUAGCUGUGCUUCCAUUGUCAACAUCGCAACCAAAGUCUGUUACUACUAUAGCAGAUGUUAAGAUUAGAGAAGAAACAGAACUGUCCGGAGACACUGAGACAUUGGGUAUACUGCCUGACGAAGGUGAAGAAACUCUACCUGAUGAGAACCCAGCAGCAUCACCCACUCUUGAAACACAGAAAGACCUGGAUUUAGUUACAGUACAGGAGUCAGUUACAAUGAGUUCUCAAACAGAGCACCAUCUUUUCUCUUCUGUUCCAGAAACUGUUGCCACGCCUUUGUCAGUGAAUGUAGGACCUUUUGAAGAAUCUAUCACUAUUACCCCAUUAACUAUUGAUGUGUUCAGUCCAUUGUCAACUACACCUAGUGUUACAAUCUACAAUCCAUCCACCACUGAAUCAGUAAUAACAGAAUCCACAUUGGAGUCUUUCACUGAAUCCACUGGAUCCCCAACAGUAGCCUUGCCCUUGACUGGCCAAACUGAAACUGCAGUGGAUGUUGAAGAAAUGACCGAGACUUCUUUCUUAAAUAUAGUCACAACCACGGUGGUUCCUGUUCUUACAGAUCCCUUUGAAGUAGGAGUAGCACUGCAGCCAACAAUGGCUGAACCAGUGACAGACACUUCACCUGUCAUCAGUGAUGAUGAUUUAGACUUUGAAGUAGGAGUCAAAGACAUUGCGGCUGAGCUGGACAGCGUUGACGUGGUGAACACAGCAACCAUUGGUGAGCUUGAGUAUGGCAGCGCAUACACUUCCUUUACCAGAGACAAUCCCUUUGAAGCCACAGCUUCUCCUCCCUGGAAAUACUUGACCACGCCGUCAAUGACCACGGCGAGCAAGGGGAAAGAGCUUGUGGUGUUCUUUAGCUUGCGGGUGACGAAUAUGAUGUUUUCAGAUGACCUCUUCAAUAAGAGCUCUCCUGAAUACAGAUCUUUAGAGAAAACGUUCCUUGGAAUGUUACUACCUUACCUACAGUCUAACCUGACAGGAUUUAAACAGCUGGAGAUUCUCAACUUCAGGAACGGCAGUGUAAUAGUUAAUAGCAAGAUGAAAUUUGCCAAGUCUGUGCCAUAUAAUGUUACACAAGCCGUUCACUGUGUUUUGGAAAACUUCUGCAAUGCAGUAUCCAAACAUCGUGACCUUGAAAUAGACUCACUGGAUAUAGAGCCAGCUGAUAAAGCAGAUCCUUGCAAGUUUAUGGCAUGCAACGAGUUUUCCAGAUGUGUGGUAAACAGAUGGACCAAAGAAGCCGGGUGUGUGUGUGAUCCUGGCUACCACAGUGAGCAUGGACUGCCCUGUCAGAGUAUCUGUAAUCUACAGCCAGACCACUGCCUCAAUGGUGGGCAGUGUGAAAUAAUACCAGGGCAAGGAGCUGCUUGCAGAUGCCCUGUAGGUAAGCACUGGCUGUACCAAGGAGCACGCUGCACUGAGCUGGUGGCUCUGCCAGUAAACCCGUGCAUUCUCAUAGCUUCAGUUCUUGGCUGCCUGACCCUUGUUUUUGCUGUGAUAGUUUUUUUAAUUUUGAUAAAGCGAAAAUAUAUACGGACCAGAAAGAAAGUGACUUUGGUGAAUUUACAUGUUCACAGCCCCUAUACAUUUAAGAGCACUGUGAGGGUUAAUCCAGUUUUUGAAAAUGAGGAUGCUCCCUUGACCCAUGUCCCCGGCAUGCAUUGCCCUUCAAGUGUCGAUGUUGUUCCUUCUCUAGCGUUAGACUCAGUUGAACACAUGCACCUCAGUACAGAGGUACCCAGAAACCUCUACGCAACCAGGCCUGACAAGUUAGUUUUAGAAAGAGUGGAUUUCCAUCGCUGCCUCCCGCACAGUGAGAUAUGGCAAUUACCAAGGUCAGGGGAACACAGAACAUCCUGUUGCCCACCAAGAGGGGCCCAAAACGAUAUGUAUGAAGUAACCAAGUUGUGAGAUCAGAUCAGUAAUAUCUUGCUCUAGUUGAAUAUAAAGCAAGUAUGGAUUGAUACACUUUUCCGAGAUCUCUGUGCUUCACUAGAUUGAGUUCUCUUUAGGUCUAUUUGUGUUAACUGCUACACUGUUGCACAGCAAAUUCUUUGGUUCAGCUGAAUGAUGGUUAGAAUAAAACUGAGGGCAACGAUUUCAAAUGAAUUGGUGUGAAUUUAUCAUUCCUGAUUUGGAUUUAUUAAGAAGUCACAUGUAUUAUUUGUAUGAAUGUGAAUGUCUGCCACUCAUUGCAAAGUGUUUCUGAUUCAUUUUUACAAAACCUUUAGAAUGAUUGAUUUAGGUGUUAUCUAAAUUAAUAGAUUAGGUAUACUUAUCGAAGGAAUACUACAAUUUCCUCACGAUGAGGUAACUGUUUACUUACAUUUUCACACCUGUAGUUGUAUCAUUAAAGAAAAUUUACUUUGAA